GUAGAAAGUUCUUCCAAAAGUUCGAUGUUUUUUCACUCGUAGUCGUUCCAUGCUUUCAACCACCCUCCAUCUCUGCUAAUCGGAGGAGGUAAUCUGUAAAGCAGGAUCAAGAUUCGGUAUACCUGUUCAUUGAUUUCUGUAUUUUAAUGAGUAGAACUUUUCCGGAUUUGGACUUUGAAUUCGAAACGUAAUUUACGAAGCUCCAACAAUGCUGUGCGUUCAUAUUUCUACGUCAACGUCCAUUCUUCGCUGUUGUUACACCACCGUUUCCCAUGGCGAUUUCUCUGCAGAUCCCCCGUCUUCACCUACGUGUAGACUCUGUUUCAUCGAAGAGAUUCUCCGCCGGCGGAGCUCUCCGGUGCCGGAAACCCCUUUUGGUUCGGUGCACUGCUGAUUCUUCGUCGGUCAAUCCCGAUUUCGAUGCGAAGCUGUUUUGGAAGAACUUUUCCAGAGGUGAAAACUAUAAUCGGAAAGGGUUUGGGCAUAAGGAGGAGACGUUGAAGCUCAUGAGUAGCGAGUUCACAAGUGAAGUUGUGAAUACUCUGAAUGAAAAUGGGAAUCGGUUCACUUGGGGGAAUGUUACUGUCAAAUUGGCUGGAGCUUAUGGCUUUUGUUGGGGAGUGGAACGAGCUGUGCAGAUUGCUUAUGAAGCGAGGAAACAGUUUCCGAGUGAAACAAUAUGGAUUACCAAUGAGAUUAUUCAUAACCCAACUGUUAACAAGCGUUUGGAGGAGAUGGGAGUGUACAACAUUCCUCUGGAGGAAGGAAAGAAACGAUUUGAUGUCGUUAACCCUGGAGAUGUUGUGAUUUUGCCUGCCUUUGGGGCUGCAGUUGAUGAAAUGCUUGUUCUGAGUGACAAAAAAGUUAAGAUUGUUGACACAACUUGCCCAUGGGUUUCCAAGGUUUGGAAUGCUGUUGACAAGCACAAAAAAGGAGAAUACACAUCAAUAAUUCACGGCAAGUAUCGUCAUGAAGAAACCGUAGCAACUGCUUCGUUCGCUGGAAAGUACAUCAUUGUGAAAGACAUGGUAGAGGCGACGUAUGUAUGCGACUACAUUCUUGGGGUUGAAAGUAAUGGAUUAAUCUCAACUAAAGAAGCUUUUUUAAAGAAAUUUAAGUCUGCUCUUUCAAAAGGAUUCGACCCAGAUAGUGAUCUCAUGAAAGUUGGCAUUGCUAAUCAGACCACAAUGCUCAAAGGGGAAACAGAAGAGAUCGGAAAAUUGAUCGAGAAAACUAUGAUGCGGAAGUAUGGAAUUGAAAAUAUUAAUGAUCACUUCAUUAGUUUCAAUACGAUCUGUAAUGCUACUCAAGUGCGUCAAGAUGCCAUGUACCAGCUGGUGGAGGAAGAUAUGGAUCUCAUGUUAGUUGUUGGAGGAUGGAACUCAAGCAACACCUCUCACCUUCAAGAGAUUGCAGAGGCUCGAGGAAUCCCGUCGUACUGGAUCGACAGCGAGCAACGUAUAGGGCCAGGAAACUCGAUAUCAUACAAGCUCAAUCACGGGGAGCUGGCGAAGAAAGAAAACUGGCUACCUGAUGGACAUGUUACCAUUGGAGUGACCUCCGGUGCCUCUACACCAGAUAAGGUUGUUGGAAAUGUUCUUAAGAAGGUUUUCGAGAUGAAAGGGGAAGGAACUGCGCAGGUUGAAUAGCUUGGAUAAAAGCAAACUACAGAGUAUAGCGUUACUGAACUCUUUUCUCUUCCUUUCUUUUCCAUUUUUGUUUGCUAGAUUAUGUUUAUGAUAUUAAAAAUAGUGACAUAAUAAAUAAACUUCACACAUUUAUCUUAUAAA